CUCUAUCAUGCACGCAGACGAAUCCUCCAAAAAAAUACCCAUUUUUUUCCGGCGACUGAGGAGGGAAUCGGAGGCGGACUGAGGCGACGGCGGCUAACUUCCAGCCGACGAUCACGGCGAACGUCUGGUGACAGUCGCGAAAUCUCCCAGUGGCGAACUCCUGCCGCAGCACACGUGAAUAACAGCGGUGAACUCCAAUGAGUUUGCUUCAAGCAACGGCGGCGAACUCCAGCUUAUGGUGUAAAGAAGAGACGCGAGAAUGGCCUAUACAAGGAAAUCGAUGGGCUUCGUUUAAACAUACUUACAAUUUUAGUAUGUUUUAGUUUAAGCUUAUUACAAUUUAUUUACAUUCAACUGCAGAGAAAUUUAUCAAACUUUGGAAUACAUCGAUACGAAAUUGCUAAUCACAAAAUCAUUAUAUAUUAGGAAAACCCCAGUAGUUGGAAGUAAUAGCACUGGAGGAGUUUCAAUGCUUAGACUCCGGCCGAGCCAAUUUCACAUACGCUUUUCUUCCUCUUCACCGUUCAGCUCACUUUUAGAUCCUUGCUAUCUUAACAGUUGUUUUCACAUCUUUCUCUCAAAACAAUUUUUAGCGUUCAAAUCUCUUCUUCAAUUUCAUUCCUUGAUUAUCACCACUGGCAACUCGAAAAAUGUCUUCUUUGCUACGAAGCUCAUGUCCUUUUAUGCUUCUCACAGGCAACCCGCAUUGUCCACCCAUUUGUUUCAUUCAAUUCAUCCUAAAGACGGAUUUCUUUGGAAUUCCAUUAUCCAAUCCCACUUCUCCAAUGGUGACUACUUGCAGGCAUUCGGUUUCUACCUCCAGAUGCGAGCCUCAAGUAGCCUACCAAACCAAUUUACAGUUCCCAUGGUGCUUUCCACGUGCGCUGAACUAAUGAUGCUCAACCAUGGCAUGAACAUUCACGGGUUAGCUUUGAAACUUGGGCUAUUUUAUGGUAAUUCUGCUGUUGGUUCUUCUUUAGUAUAUAUGUAUUCCAAAUGUGGUCAUACAGAAAGUGCAUCUCUUCUGUUUGAUGAAAUUACGCUUAAAGAUGUAGUUGCUUGGACUGCGCUUAUAGUUGGGCACGUCCAGAAUAAUGAAAGUGAGAAGGGUUUGAAAUGCCUGUUUGAUAUGCAUAGGUAUGGAGGGGCCCCAAAUUAUAGGACAUUAGGAAGCGGGUUUCAAGCUUGUGUUGAUCUGGAUGCUUUAGUAGAGGGCAGAUGUUUACAUGGUUUGGCUCUAAAAACUGGAAUUCUGUGUUUUGAAGUCAUUAAAUCUUGUCUUCUCUCUAUGUAUUCGAGGUGCGGGUCACCUGAAGAAGCUUACCGUUGCUUUUGCAAAUUAAACAAAAAAGAUCUUAUCUCCUGGACAUCAAUUAUUGCAGUUCACGCUAAAUUUGGGUUAAUGACUGAAUGUCUAAGUUUAUUUUGGGAAAUGCAGGCUGAUGAAAUCAUCCCAGAUGAAAUUGCUAUCAGUUGUAUGGUUCUGGGUUUUGGUAAUUCUGAUAGAACCUCUGAAGGAAAAGCCUUUCAUGGUUGGAUUCUGAGACAAUGUUAUGCGGUGAGUGAAAUAACUCAUAAUGCAUUACUCUCAAUGUACUGUAAGUUUGGACUCUUAAAUACUACAGAGAAGAUCUUCCAUAGUUUCCACAAAAGUAGCAAAGAAGAUUGGAACACUAUGAUAUCAGGAUAUAGCAAUAUGGGGCAGAAAGAGAAGUGUAUAGACCUUUUCAGGGACAUGCAACUUCUAGGCAUAGGACCUGAUUUGAUCAGUUUAGCUUCUGUAAUUUCUUCAUGUUCACAAGUUGGGGCAGUCAAUAUUGGUCGGUCCAUACACUGCUAUGCGAUUAAAAACUCUAUAAUUGAAAAUGUAUCAAUAGCUAACUCACUCCUUGACAUGUAUGGGAAAAGUGGUAAUUUAACCACCGCAUGGAGGAUAUUUCAUAGAACACAGCAAAGGGAUAUUAUCUCCUGGAAUACAUUGAUCUCAUCCUACAAGCAAAGUGGGCAUCCUGCUGAAGCCAUUGUCUUAUUUGAUGAAAUGAUCAAAAAUAACCUUAAACCCAACGCCAUUACAUGUGUAAUAGUUCUCUCGGCAUGUGCUCAUCUUGCAUCCUUAGAUAAAGGCGAAAGGAUCCACCAGUACAUAAGGGAGAAUGGAUAUGGGACUGAUAUAACCAUUAGAACUUCAUUGAUUGAUAUGUAUGCAAAAUGCGGAGAGCUCGAGACAUCAAGAAAAUUGUUCAACGCAGUGGAAGAGAGGGAUGUUAUUUUAUGGAAUGUUAUGAUAUCAAGUUAUGGGAUGCACGGACAUGCAGAAUCUGCAAUUGAGAUCUUCGAACUAAUGGAGGAGUCAAAUGUCAAACCAAAUUCGCUAACCUUUCUUUCUCUUCUCUCAGCUUGCAAUCAUGGAGGGCUCGUUGAAGAAGGAAGGCGUCUCUUUGAUAGGAUGCAGAAAUAUGGUGUCAAAGUCAGUCUGAAGCACUAUGCUAGUAUGGUAGAUCUUCUUGGCAGGUCAGGUAGUCUUCAAGAGGCAGAGACUCUGGUUUUAUCAAUGCCCAUCUCUCCGGAUGGCACUGUGUGGGGCUCCUUGUUAAGUGCUUGUAAACUUCACAAUGAAUUUGAAAUGGGGGUAAGGAUUGCCAGGCAUGCAAUUGAAUCUGAUCCAGAAAAUGAUGGGUACUAUAUAAUACUGUCUGACUUGUACGGCUGCUUGGGAAGGUGGGAGGAGGUCGAAAGAGUGCGUGUCAUAAUGAAGGAAAGAGGGGUGGAGAAGAGAACCGGUUGGAGUGCCUUGUGAAUCAAUUUCUUUCAGUGUUGCUUGAAAGUGUCUCAUACCUCAGACUAUACAACUUCAUAGGGAUCUCGAGGAUCAUUUCAAGGGCCACAUUAGCAAUCAAAAUGGAAAAAAGUUCGAUCCUCACUUGUCCUGAACUUCGGACCAACGAUAGUGUUUGCACAUACAUUCAAAAAUAUUUUGGCUUUCAGAUUGAAAAACAUAAUAAGGAACGAACCACAAAAUCAAUUCUCUUUUCAUGUAUACAGUGACAUCUUUUGGAACUCAGUGCAGUUCAAGGCAUCGACAAGAAUCUAUUUCGUUUCAAAAGUGCCAAGAGAUGUAUGAUGCGGAUUCCUAAUGUGAAAUAAAUCAAUCUGAAAGUUGGGCAGCUAAGAAAAGGUGUUAAAGUCUUGAACUCAACAUGGCAUUAUCAACAAUCCCUUGAUAGACAAGGUGGGUCACCUGAACAUGUCCAAACCUUGGCGAAUUGUAAUUGUAGAAUCAACGCCAGUUCGACGUAAUAUAAUUAAGUUUUUCGAAUAUGUUGUAACUGGUUUUGAUUUUGUAACUUUAAAUCAAGAAAACCUGUCUUACUUAGAAAACAACUUCCCUUCAAUUAUGGACAAAUACUCCAUUCCAUUGUAUUAAUUGAUUAACAUUGUACAUAUAAAA